AUACACUCAGACACACUGAAAGCGAGUAGAAAGCUGCACUAUCAUGUCUGCUGACGUUGUGGAUGGAGGAUCGGGAUGUAAAAAGGUCAUCUUAAUAAAGCGCGCUUAAUUUGCUGUUGAAGUACCAAUGCAGAAGUGGACAGUCUUGCUUUAAGAAGUGAUCCGACUCUCACUCAUCUCUCUCUCUCUCUCUCUCUCUCGUUCCAGCUGGGCUACAUUGUAAUACACACACAAACACGCACGCUCACUCACACGCUCGCUCUGACUCUCUGACACAGACUCUCUACUUAGUGCGGUGGAAAGAGGACUGAGGCUCACACUAUCAGCACAGCUUCUCAAUGGUGGGACGCAGCCAAGAGCAGACAGAGCAGUCUUUCCACUGGAGCCUUCCGCUGCACGCGUGAGAAGGAGACGACAAGUGAGGGGGGUAAAUUAGCUCCCUGUCAUCACAACAGAGUUCUACUGACAGAGAGAGAAGAGACACAGACUGAAGGAAGGAGAGGAAAAAAGAUCUGCACCUAUGUGGCUGAUACAGCAGUGACAUGAACAGCCUCCCAUCCCUCAAAUCCUGGCCAGUUUGUGACACUGAUCCCUGGUUGCUUUGUUUUUUGGUGAAUGUUUGUGCUGCCAAGGAUUUCCAAAGGAACUGAGCAGCAGGGAGGAGAUACUGAGGAAAAGAACAGCAUUUUAGCCCCAUAUGUGCGGUGUUCUACUUAUUUGAGUACUGGAAUUUCAGGCGGGAAUCCCUGGCUUCAAAGUAUGGAUGGAUUUAAGACCGAGGAGUGAGUCCUGGGCAGGCAGGCAGUGAUUCUGACUGAGCUCCUUUCCUUCUGAACACACUGCUCAGACUCGGCCUUACCAUGUCCUGGUUGUUGGCCAUGUGGAUUAGCCUCGGCUUCCUGCUGCUGUGCCAGGCCACACUCUACCAGACCAUCCAGCAGCACCACGUGGCCCGGCCCGGUCGAACCGACAUUCUCACCCUGGAGGGUGGUACAUGUGAGGUGAUUGCCGCCCACCGAUGCUGUAACAAGAAUCGCAUUGAGGAGCGUUCGCAGACAGUCAAGUGCUCCUGUUUACCGGGAAAAGUGGCUGGAACAACACGCAACAAACCCUCCUGUGUGGAUGCGUCCAUUGUAAUUGGGAAGUGGUGGUGUGAGAUGGAGCCAUGUCUGGAGGGAGAAGAGUGUAAGACUCUGCCUGACAACUCUGGAUGGAUGUGUUCUUCUGGGAACAAAAUCAAGACCACAAGGGUGAGAUGUCACAUACACUCACGCACACCUUUGCACAAAUGGAUGUUUCUUGUAUAUGUACACAGAUCUGCACUCACAAUGUACGGAUGCACACAUACUGUAUAUAUAACAUACACCUAUAUUGUAUUCCUGUUCUGUAUGUAGACAUUUUAACCAUGCCAAAAACACACUUGCACAACCACACACUCAUACCAUUUGUCACACAGUUUAUGCCUGCAGUACCACGACAGCCAGAUUUCACUUUACUAUUCAACAGUUCUUUUGUGACUUGAAAUUAGGGAUCGCUAGAAACAACAAGAGGCUGUAUAUGAAUACUUUGAUUAAAUGUUUUAACAAAGCUUCUCUGCCAACUGCCUGCUUCAUUUUUAAUUAAUCUGCCACUGAACAAUCAAACGCGCAUAGUGUUAAACUGGUGGAUAAAAGGAAUGCACACAAAUCAUAUUGUACAAAGAAUACUCUUAAAGUGCAGCGCUUCUGUGUGCUUUAUAUAACCAGAUGAAUUCUGUUCAUUGUAAGCAACCUAUCUGAGGGCCCAUAGUAGUAAAGAACAAAUUUAAAGCAGGUGUAAACAAACAGGUAGGCGCUGCCUCAGGCCACACUCCUCUCAGAGAUCAAGUUAACAGCCACUCUGCUCCUCCACUGCCUUUGGGCUCUGUAAACCGACUGUCAGUGCGGCAUGCAAAAAUUAAGGGAGUAAUAUCCUCGAGGCCAGCAGUCCAGAACUCUGUGACAGGUUGAUUACCUCAUCUGUGCAACCCUAACCCUCCUCCAGCACCAUGCACACAUCCACACUCCAUAACUGGACCCCCAAAAGAAACUCCUCUUAGUGCUUGGUGACAGUGGCUUUGCAUAGAAGCAGACUACUGUGAUGGUAGGGAAACAAGGAACAGAGACAAGGUUAAACCACCAGUGGCCGACGAAGGAUGUUCUGCAGAUUUAUAUGCCAGCAGAUAGACAUAACGUUUUCCCUGGGCCCCCACAGCCACCACAGGCCUAAACUUUUCACAAAGAAGUUGAUCAAAUGGGGUCUUGCCAGUCCAUCAAGGUAAGGUGCAGUACUUGGUUCACUCUAAAGAAUGCAUUUCUAAUUCUCAAUUCAAUACUUUGCAUAAUGUAAAAUAAGUAAACUUGAAAUGAUGACUGUCUUUAUAUAACUUGGGACAAAAUAUUCUCUUAAGAAAUAUAAGUCAAAAUUGUAAAUGUUUGCACACAAAUAGAGAAAAAGCAUUAAAUGAUAAUUAUGAGUAAAAUAGUUUUGGUCUAAAUUAAUUAAAAUUUUAAGAAAAGAGGUUCCAAAGGUCAGACCUAAAGCUGUUUUUCUGCCCAACACACACGUGUCCUUUUUUCUUGACCCUCUCUUUGCAGAACACCCAGCCAUACUCCCCUUUUUAGCUUCCGGAAGCAAAAUGCAGAGGAUGCAUCAACAGAAAUCGAGCUGCAUUCUUGCUUCU